AGUGCAGUUCAGUCUGUUGUCCAGGCGGCUGCGCGUGCUGCCGUACCUGGCUGCGGCAGAUGAAGACGGUCAAUGGUCGGAGACCUUAGCGGUCAAGCAGCUUAAAACGAUAACGCUGUAUUUUUUCUUUUUAUCUUUUGUUUAGUUUUCCCCCCGCAAACAUUCCACUUAUUCACACCUUUUCGCCACCGGCAUCUGUGUCCCGUCACAAGCCGGGGGAGAGAGAGCGGGGGUCCAGCGCGGGGCGAGACAGCUAGGUCCGACCAGCAUGGACCCCCAAGCUAAAGACCACACCAGCCCGGUUUCAGGGGUCUUCAGCGGUCGUUUGGCCUCCCUGGGAGCCGACGGGGGUGACUCGGAGUCCGGAGCCGGCUCGGAGGAGGCUGCCGUUGGCUGCUGCAGCGAUACAUUCAGCAGUCUUCCCGACAUGGAGCAAGAGACUCUGGAGGAGAAAUUAAGGGGACUGGCGUUCAGAAAACAGACCUCGUAUAGGAAAGCAAUCUCCCGCUCGGGCCUCCAUUACCUCGGUCCACCCCAGCCCUCGCUUCCUCCUGCACCCAACGGCCCCAACAAGGAGCUACGGACCUGUUUGGACUGGACGGAAAAUGCAGUGAAUGGCGAUCACCUGUGGAUGGAGACGAGCUGUUCGGGAGAGCUGUGUUAUCUCGGAGAGGACGCUUGCCUCCUGAAGACCGCAAAGUCAUCUCCCAGGAGGAAAUGUGCAGCCUGUAAGAUCGUUGUUCACACUGGCUGCAUAGAACAACUAGAAAAGAUUAACUUCAGGUGUAAGCCAACCUUCAGAGAGGGAGGAUCCCGGUGCCUCAGAGAUAAUGUACUGAGACAUCACUGGGUUCACAGACGACGACAGGAGGGUAAAUGUAAACAGUGUGGAAAGAGUUUUCAACAGAAGUUCUUCCACAGUAAAGAAAUUAUCGCCAUCAGUUGCUCUUGGUGUAAACAGGCUUUCCACAACAAGGUGACAUGUUUCAUGCUGCAUCAGAUAGAAGAACCGUGUUCACUGGGAGCUCACGCUGGAGUCAUAAUACCCCCCUCGUGGAUUAUCAAAGUCAGGAAACCACAGAGCUCACUGAAGAAUUCUGCCAGGAGGAAAAAGCGGACAUCUUUCAAACGAAGGACAAGCAAGAAGGGACUGGAUGACUCUAAAUGGCGUCCAUUCAUGUUGAAGCCCCUCCCCUCUCCUCUCAUGAAACCCAUCUUAGUUUUUGUCAAUCCCAAGAGUGGGGGCAACCAGGGUGCCAAGCUGUUACAGAUGUUCAUGUGGAUCUUGAACCCUCGUCAAGUCUUUGACCUGUCACAAGGUGGUCUGCGAGAAGCGUUGGAGUUGUAUCGCAAAGUGCCAAAUCUGAGGAUCCUCGCUUGUGGAGGAGACGGCACAGUGGGGUGGAUCCUGUCCGCUCUCGAUGAGCUGCAGAUGAAUCCCCAGCCUCCGGUCGCUGUGCUUCCUCUGGGAACAGGAAAUGACCUCGCCAGGACGCUUAACUGGGGUGGGGGUUACACAGAUGAACCAGUGUCCAAGGUUUUGUGUCAUGUGGAGGACGGAUCAGUCGUGCAGCUCGACAGGUGGAACCUCCUUGUGGAGAAGAGCUCUGUUCAGCCAGAGGAGGGCACGCAGAAGCUUCCCCUGAAUGUGUUCAACAACUACUUCAGUCUGGGCUUCGAUGCUCACGUCACCCUGGAGUUCCACGAGUCCAGAGAGGCCAACCCGGAGAAGUUUAACAGUCGAUUCCGCAACAAGAUGUUCUACGCAGGAGCCGCCUUCUCAGAUUUCCUCCAGAGGAGCUCCAGGGAUUUAUCCAAGCACGUCAGAGUGGUGUGUGACGGCACAGAUCUAACACCCAAGAUCCAGGAGCUAAAAUUUCAGUGCAUAGUUUUUCUAAACAUUCCAAGGUACUGCGCUGGCACCAUGCCAUGGGGAAACACCGGCGACCAUCGAGACUUUGAGCCGCAGCGCCAUGACGACGGCUGCAUUGAGGUUAUCGGCUUCACAAUGGCCUCACUGGCUGCGCUACAGGUUGGUGGUCACGGAGAAAGACUUCACCAGUGCAGAGAAGUCGUCCUCACCACCUACAAGACUGUACCUGUUCAGGUGGACGGGGAGCCUUGUCGACUGGCUCCAUCCACUCUCCGCAUUUCGCUUCGAAAUCAGGCCAACAUGGUCCAGAAGAGCAAGAGACGCACCUCAGUGCCCCUGCUCAACGAUAUUCAGAAGGUGUGUGCAGCUGAUCUGCGCCGCCUCUCUGCUCCCCCCGACUCCUUCUCUGUUCCCCACGCAGUACCGGAUCGUCUCCGUCUUCGAGUAAAUCGGAUCAGCCUCCAGGAAUAUGACAGGCUGCAGUACGACAAAGAGCGGCUACGAGACAUCUCAAUCCCAGUUGGCAUUGUGGUGGUGAGAGGAGACUGUGAUCUGGAGACUUGCAGACUCUAUAUUGACAGAUUACAGGAGGAUUUUCACCAGGCGCCAUCUUCUGGCCACAGAGUGCACUAUCAGGAUGAGAGCAGGGGCGUCCCCAGGACCAGUUCAACCAGUCGGCUUUCUCCCAACUGGAGCUUCCUGGAUUCCACAUCAGCUGACCGCUUCUAUCGCAUUGAUAAGGCUCAGGAGCACCUCCACUUUGUGACAGAAAUAUGUCAGGAUGAGGUGUUCAUCCUGGACCACGAGGGACUUGCGGUGAGCCAGGGCUCAUCAACAGGGAUGCCUGAUCUGGUGGUGGAACCAACAGCUGGUGUUCCCUUGACACCUGACGAGCAAGCACUUCUGACUGCUGCCGGUUCUGGGGAUCUUUCUAUGCUGUCAGAGUGUGUGCGUCGAGGCGUCAGUUUGUUGGUGAGAGACUCUGGAGGCUGUUCAGCUUUACAUAUAGCUGCACAGAAUGGACACACAGAGGUGGUCAGCUACGUGCUGCAACAAGGGUCAAAGGUUCUUCUGGACUUAACAGACAGAGAGAAGGGUGAUACUGCUUUGCAUAAAGCAGCUUCUGAGAAGCAGCACGCAGUGUGUCGAUUGCUGGUUGAGGCCGGGGCAUCGCUAGAGAAGACCAACUUCCAGGGGAAGACGCCUGCAGACCAAGCAGAGGGAGACUCUGAGCUCACAACUUACUUGAGCUCCCAGCAACAUGCAUCACCUGCCACUCACGAAGACCUGGAGACAGCUGUCUGAGGCUCACACACUUCCUCUGCACUCUGGACUCUGCACACAGUCGAAGCACAGAGUAACCGGGAGGGAAAAGUGUGUGAAAAGUGAAGCGUCUGGAUUUUGACGCCACAGACGCAAAGACGAAACCAGAGGAGCGAUGAACUGCCUCAGCUCGCAGCAGCACUGCAGUGGAGAUUUUAAUGGUCAACUAUUUAUUUGUAUUUAUUGAUUCAUAAUCUAUUUAUUAGUUGUGCUGAUUGAUUAACUGGCUGUCUUUACUUUUAACAGUUCAGGAUGCAAGUGCAAUUUGACCACACAUCGUGAGCUCUGCUGUUCGUCUUGUAAUGGAGUCGUUUUGGUCACAUUUUACUCAGCAAGACUUUUACAGUGGUUAAAAAACAAAGUAUAGAUAGAAUAAGUAUAUUUAUCCCAUAAAACCUGUGUGCCAAAGACAUUACAAUGACGUGGUGUCAUAUCGAGUUCACUUAUGUUCCCAGCAUUAAGCACGCUUCUUGUUUUCCAUGUCCUGAUAAAGCUCCACACUUCACAACCUUACGACACUCCUUCACAUGCUGCUUCGUUUGCCAUCUCUGAGUCACCACUGAGCCACAGCGCAAAAAAAAACACAUGAAAAAAUCCCAUAAACAGUCACAACAUAUCAAUUUUACCAUAGCUGGAACUUUCCCAGAAGACUUUCUUAGCAAGUAACUGUCGUUUACUGGCUUACAGAAAAUUCCAGUGUUAGGGAUUAUCCGAUAAUAAUGCAGCCUUUUUGAUUUAUAUAUCUACACAGAAACCCUGAAGCCAUCUUUCAGUUCCUUCAGUAUUUCCUGGACUUAAUGGCUUUAGUCCAAAGCUUCCUUCUCUUUAGCUUCUGUUGAAAACAGACCGAUUAGGAACAGAAAAUUUGAGAAUAAAGCCGCUCGAUGAAUAAAUUGAAGCAGACCAGGCUGCUCCCAUAGUUACUAAAAAAAGUUUAGGAAUAAGUUAAAACAAUCCAAAAUAUCGUUACUAUGACUGUAAAAAAAUAAAUAAAAAAAGGGAGAUGCACCAAUACCACGUUUUUUCAAAAUGAAUACAAGUAGUUGCAUUUGAGUACUUGCCAAUACCGAGUACUAAUAAGAAUACUAAAACAUCCUAUUACAAUUUACUGGUUAGAAAAGGUAAAAAUUUUUAAUAUGGCAUGAGUAAUACCUUUGUUAUUUGUAAGUUAAUGUGUUUUAAAAAUGAACACAUUAGUUCCACAGAUUAAUCUCUUUGUGUUAAUGCGUUUUGACAGUCCAAGUAUUUUCACAUUGGUAUGGGGUUCUGUAGUAUCAGAAUACUUGAAAGUACACUUGGGCUGAUACUGGUAUCGGUAUCGGUGCAUCGCUAGUAAAAAGAAUCAGAGAGUGAAUGUAACAGCUGUGACUGUGGGAGAAAUUAGUGUCAAUUAUUCAUGUUUCUGUUCUCCAACUUGCCUUUGUGGUUUGUCUGGUUUGAGUUUUGAAGCCUAGAGAUAAUAUUCAUCACCAGUUUGCAGUUCUUAAAAAUUGUCAUGCCAAAUACGAUGCAGGUGUUUUGUGUUUCUCCCAGAGUUAUAUUUUUAUCAUGGAAGGUUUGACAAGAUCUAUACAUGCUACGUACUCAGUAGAAGACCUGUUCAGUCAGGACAAACUUCAUUUUGCUGGUUUUUAAAGUGUUAAUGUCAGAUAUUAUGCCCUCCAUUAAUCAUUAGAAAAUAAAUAGCAGAGGUCUUUUUGCCUAAAAUGUACAGAUUUCAAAGAUUUUGUCAUCUUGUUUUGAAUGAUGUAAAAUUUUAACUUCAUGAAAGUGUCAAGUUGAUCUUUUGGAAAAGCCAGGAAGCAGUUUUAACCAUUUUCUGUAUUUUUUUUUUUUUUUUUUUUUGUCAGCAAUAUCUGAAAUUACACCAGAGUAACACAACAGAAACAAUAAUGAACAAAGUAUAACUGAACCCACCGCAUCAUUCAGUGAUGGACCAGAGGAUGCUACAGAGAGGAGACCAGUUUCUGCCCAGUAUGGAGGAGAUGUUAGACCAGUGUGUUUCACAAAGCAAGUGUGCACCGAUAAGCCCUAACAUUACAGCCACCAACCAGUAAAGUGAAUGACUACUCAACUGCUGGGAAAGUUAAAAAAAAAAGGGAGGAAACAAUCACUCAUCAGGACAGUCACAGACGUUUGACUCUGUCAUGUUAAAUGAUCAUUCAAAUUCCCAACUAGCCAUAUAGCAAUCCUGUUCCCAGUAAACCCAUCUACAACCCACAAAGCUGAAGAGAUACACUCAGAUGUCCUUUGUCCACAAAGGCUGGAGGAAGCGGACCUAUUCAGUGUUAGACAGGUGGUCUUAAUGUUAUGGCUGAUCGGUGUGUAAAGCAUUAUCAUUGUCCUGUUACUUCCAACAAAUCAUCUGAAACAAUUUUUUUAAGUUUUACCGCUACAUUGUUUGUAGUACUCCUACCUAGCAAUGCUUUUCACAUGCUAAGUAUGUGUGUGAGUGUGUGUGUGUCGAUGAGACUCAUUCCAUAUUCAAUCUGAAACGUAACAUCUGAGCAGCGUGGAGAGAUUUAGCUUUCAGUGCAGUGUGUACUUCAGUGUUUGUUAACACAAGGUGUGACCUUUAGUGUUUUCAUGCAUAUCUGGUGUACACAUGGCUGAGCAUGUGUGUGUGUGUGUGUUGCAGCGUUUAUCCCAGAAAAAAUAAAAUAACAUCUGAGCCAUAUUCAAUGCAAUAUGAGUCGAUGACAUUUGUUUUGCAUUUCUCUCUUAAUCGUUUACAUUACAUUAAUGUUUUUGACAUAGUCGACCAUUUAGCACUGAGGAGUAUUGAAUAUGCAACAUUACUCAGUGCUGGUUGAGUUUAUGAUUGUCUUGUUAGUUUAUUAUUUUCUUCUUUUCUGUGCAUUUAUGUUAAAGGACUGAAACAACCCUGUGAGGUCUUCUAUGACAUGAAAUGUAAACUAAAAUUAUAUUUACAACGAACGGAGCUUUCCCAGGUCUUCUGCAUGUAGCCAUUGUGGAAGUUUCUAUCUAUCAGUAAUUUAAUGUUACUCAAAAACCUUUUCAUUGAACAUUGUUUAGCUUUAACUAAAUAUAUAUUUUUUGUGUGUGUGUUAUUCAGUAAAAUAAAUUAAAUUAAAAUCCCCUGAGAGGAAAAAUAAUUGUUCCAGUGGGCGAAUGCUGUUAGUAGGAGUGACUAUGUAUUUUUCUGUUUUGCAGCUACUUGAAGAAGCCUCUGACUGAACACUGUUGUUCCUCACUGUGUUGAGUAGAAGAUGUGAAAAUUUGUUAUCUACACAAGAUUUUUUUUUAAAAUACUGCAUGACUUCCGCAGUGGCUACAUCUGUUAAAUUACCAAGAGAGCUUCCUUUGAAAUAGGCAAGAUCUGCGCUGAACCGUGAACGGUGAUGACUGCGACCGAGUCAGGCCCGUUUCAAAUGACAUACACACAAGCUUCUUAUCAAUUUUUCUAUUAAGUAGAAACAUGACUGUAUUAAAGUGUGUCUCAUCAGAGUUGGUUAUGCAUGGCAUUUUCUUACCUCCUUGGGAUUUCUUUUCUAAUAAGAAUGACAUUGUUGUUUGAACUAUUAAAUUAUAGUUUAAAAAUUUAUAGCUACAUUUCUUCUAAGGUUGGGCAUGUAUUGAGUGUUUUUGUUUUGCUUUUGUAUUUUAUUUUUCUGCUGUUGAUGAUGAUGAUGGGAUUACUUGAAGUUUGUUUUAUUCAUUUGUUUAAAGAAUUUAUGAUGCUGUUUUGUCUUUGACCAUGUUUUCUGUUUAACUCUUGGGGGAAUUCUCUUAUUAUUGUGACUUCCUUAUUUAUUUGCUAUAAACACGCCUGUUCAUCUGA